CCCGGCGCCUGCUGACUGCGGCCCCCGCUUCUCCUUCUCCGCCGCCGCGCCCACGCCCCGGCUCGGCACUUCGUCCGGAGGAAAUUUUGGACAUAACUUUGAAAGAAGACUUCCUUCUCAAUAUCUGAACUACAUAUAAUUAGGCCAUCAGAAUGUCAGGAGCCUCAGUGAAGGUGGCCGUUAGGGUCAGGCCCUUCAAUUCCCGAGAGACCAGCAAAGAAUCCAAAUGUAUCAUUCAGAUGCAAGGCAACUCAACCAGUAUUGUCAACCCAAAGAACCCAAAGGAAGCGCCAAAGUCCUUCAGCUUUGACUACUCCUACUGGUCUCACACUUCGCCUGAAGAUCCCUGUUUUGCAUCUCAGAAUCGUGUAUACAAUGACAUUGGAAAGGAAAUGCUCUUACAUGCCUUUGAAGGCUACAACGUUUGUAUUUUUGCCUAUGGACAGACAGGUGCUGGAAAAUCCUAUACAAUGAUGGGCAAACAGGAAGAAAGUCAGGCAGGCAUCAUCCCACAGUUAUGUGAGGAGCUCUUUGAGAAAAUCAAUGAUAACAGUAAUGAGGAGAUGUCUUACUCUGUGGAGGUGAGUUACAUGGAAAUUUACUGUGAAAGGGUACGAGAUUUGCUGAAUCCCAAAAACAAGGGUAAUUUGAGAGUCCGAGAGCAUCCUCUUCUUGGACCCUAUGUGGAAGACUUAUCUAAGCUGGCAGUUACUUCUUAUACAGAUAUUGCAGACCUCAUGGAUGCUGGGAACAAAGCCAGGACGGUGGCAGCUACCAACAUGAAUGAGACCAGUAGCCGUUCCCAUGCUGUAUUCACCAUUGUUUUUACUCAGAAGAAACAUGAUUCUGAAACUAAUCUCUCAACAGAGAAGGUCAGCAAGAUCAGUUUAGUGGAUCUGGCUGGAAGUGAAAGAGCUGACUCAACUGGUGCCAAAGGGACUCGAUUAAAGGAAGGAGCAAAUAUCAAUAAAUCUCUUACAACUCUUGGCAAAGUCAUUUCAGCCUUGGCAGAAGUGGAUAACUGCACCAGCAAGAGUAAAAAGAAGAAAAAAACAGAUUUUAUCCCAUAUAGAGAUUCUGUUCUGACUUGGCUUCUUCGAGAGAAUCUAGGUGGGAAUUCUCGGACUGCUAUGGUUGCUGCCCUUAGCCCAGCAGAUAUCAACUAUGAUGAAACUCUGAGCACAUUAAGAUAUGCAGAUCGUGCAAAACAAAUUAAAUGUAAUGCUGUCAUCAAUGAAGAUCCCAAUGCCAAGCUAGUUCGUGAACUGAAAGAGGAGGUCACAAGACUGAAAGAUCUCCUGCGUGCUCAAGGGCUGGGUGAUAUCAUUGAUAUUGAUCCAUUGGUCGAUGAUUACUCUGGAAGUGGAGGCAAAUAUCUGAAAGAUUUUCAGAACAAUAAGCAUAGGUACUUGCUAGCCUCUGAGAAUCAACGCCCUGGCAAUUUUUCCACAGCAUCCAUGGGGUCCCUUACAACAUCUCCAUCUUCCUGCUCACUCAGUAGUCAGGUGGGCUUAACAUCUGUGACCAGUAUUCAGGAGAGGAUAAUGUCAACUCCUGGAGGAGAAGAGGCCAUUGAACGACUUAAGGAAUCUGAAAAGAUCAUUGCUGAAUUGAAUGAAACAUGGGAAGAGAAGCUUCGAAAAACAGAGGCCAUCAGGAUGGAGAGAGAGGCCUUAUUAGCUGAAAUGGGAGUUGCUAUUCGGGAAGAUGGAGGAACCCUGGGUGUCUUUUCACCAAAAAAGACACCACAUCUUGUUAACCUCAAUGAAGAUCCACUCAUGUCUGAAUGCCUGCUUUACUACAUCAAAGAUGGCAUUACACGGGUUGGCCAAGCAGAUGCUGAGCGGCGCCAAGACAUUGUGCUCAGCGGGGCUCACAUUAAAGAGGAGCACUGUCUCUUCCGGAGCGAGAAGAAUCAGAGCGGCGAAGUUAUUGUGACUCUAGAACCUUGUGAGCGAUCGGAAACUUAUGUAAAUGGCAAGAGGGUUGUCCAACAUGUGCAGCUACGCUCUGGAAAUCGCAUCAUCAUGGGCAAAAAUCAUGUUUUUCGUUUCAACCAUCCGGAGCAAGCACGGGCUGAACGUGAAAAGACCCCAUCAGCUGAGACACCUUCUGAACCAGUCGACUGGACAUUUGCCCAGAGAGAGCUUUUGGAGAAACAAGGCAUUGAUAUGAAACAGGAGAUGGAGAAAAGGCUCCAAGAAAUGGAAAUCUUGUAUAAGAAAGAGAAAGAGGAAGCUGACCUCUUAUUGGAGCAGCAGAGACUGGAUUAUGAAAGUAAAUUGCAGGCCCUGCAGAAGCAGGUUGAGACUCGCUCGCUUACUGCCGAAACCACUGAGGAGGAGGAGGAGGAAGAAGAAGUCCCCUGGACACAACAUGAAUUUGAGCUGGCACAGUGGGCAUUCCGGAAAUGGAAAUUUCACCAGUUUACCUCAUUAAGAGAUCUGCUCUGGGGAAAUGCAGUUUACCUGAAGGAAGCCAAUGCUAUCAGUGUUGAGUUGAAGAAGAAGGUGCAGUUCCAGUUUGUUCUGCUCACCGACACACUCUACUCCCCUUUGCCACCUGAGCUGCUGCCUCCUGAGAUGGAGAAAACUCAGGAAGAUAGACCAUUCCCUCGUACAGUUGUGGCUGUGGAAGUGCAGGAUCUGAAAAAUGGAGCAACACAUUACUGGUCUUUGGAGAAACUCAGACAAAGGCUGGAACUGAUGCGAGAAAUGUAUGACCGGGCAGGAGAAAUGGCUUCCAAUGCCCAGGAUGAUGGAGAGACAACAAUGACCGGCAGUGACCCAUUUUAUGAUCGGUUCCACUGGUUUAAAUUGGUGGGAAGCUCCCCCAUUUUCCACGGCUGUGUGAAUGAGCGCCUUGCUGACCGUACGCCUUCCCCCACUUUUUCCACGGCCGAUUCCGACAUCACUGAGCUGGCUGAUGAGCAACAAGAUGAAAUGGAGGACUUUGAUGAUGAGGCAUUCGUGGAUGAUACUGGCUCUGACGCAGGGACGGAGGAGGGAUCAGAUCUCUUCAGUGAUGGGCACGACCCGUUUUACGACCGAUCCCCUUGGUUCAUUUUAGUGGGAAGGGCAUUUGUCUACCUGAGUAACCUGUUGUACCCAGUACCCCUGAUUCACAGAGUGGCUGUUGUCAGUGAAAAAGGGGAAGUGCGGGGAUUUCUGCGUGUGGCAGUACAGGCUAUUGCAGCUGAUGAAGAAGCUCCCGAUUAUGGCUCUGGAAUUCGGCAGUCAGGAACAGCUAAAAUAUCUUUUGAUAAUGAAUAUUUUAAUCAGAGUGAUUUUUCAACAGUUGCCAUGACCCGCUCAGGAUUGUCCCUUGAGGAACUCAGGAUUGUGGAAGGGCAGGGUCAGAGCUCUGACAUUAUUACUCCUCCAGAAGAAAUCAUUCGAGGGAAUGAACCAGACUUGAAGUCAGGCACUUUGCUAGAUGGCAAAAUGGUGAUGGAAGGAUUUCCUGAAGAGGUUGGAGAGCAUCUCAAACUGGGCAGUGCAUUCACUUUCCGUGUGACAGUCUUGCAGGCCAGUGGUAUUCUCCCAGAGUAUGCAGACAUAUUCUGCCAGUUCAACUUCUUACAUCGUCAUGAUGAAGCAUUCUCUACAGAACCCCUAAAAAACAAUGGCAGAGGAAGCCCUCUUGGCUUUUAUCAUGUUCAGAAUAUUGCAGUGGAGGUAACUGAAUCCUUUGUGGACUACAUCAAGACCAAGCCUAUAGUAUUUGAGGUCUUCGGGCAUUACCAGCAACACCCUCUUCAUCUUCAGGGACAGGAGCUUCACAGUCCUCCUCAACCAUCCCGGCGAUUCUUCCCUCCACCCAUGCCACUCUCCAAACCAGUACCAGCAACAAAGUUGAACACUAUGAGCAAAACCAGCUUGGGCCAGAGCAUGAGCAAAUAUGAUCUUCUUGUCUGGUUUGAGAUCAGCGAACUGGAGCCUACCGGAGAGUAUAUCCCAGCUGUGGUGGAUCAUACUGCAGGCCUUCCCUGUCAAGGAACAUUUCUGCUUCACCAGGGUAUCCAGCGUAGGAUCACAGUGACCAUAAUCCAUGAGAAGGGCAGUGAGCUCCACUGGAAAGAUGUUCGAGAGCUGGUGGUGGGUCGAAUCAGGAAUAAAGCUGAGGUAGAUGAAGCUGCUGUUGAUGCCAUUCUCUCUCUGAACAUUAUCUCUGCCAAGUAUCUGAAAUCUUCCCACAACUCUAGCAGGACCUUCUAUCGCUUCGAGGCAGUGUGGGACAGCUCUCUGCACAACUCCCUCCUGCUAAACAGAGUGACCCCCUACGGCGAGAAGAUCUACAUGACGCUGUCUGCCUACCUAGAGCUUGACCAUUGCAUUCAGCCAGCUGUGAUCACUAAGGAUGUCUGUAUGGUCUUCUAUUCAAGAGAUGCCAAGAUCUCACCACCACGCUCUCUUCGAAGCCUGUUCGGGAGUGGCUAUUCUAAGUCCCCAGACUCAAACCGUGUAACUGGAAUUUAUGAACUCAGUUUAUGCAAAAUGGCAGACACAGGCAGUCCUGGUAUGCAAAGGAGGAGAAGGAAAGUUCUGGACACUUCUGUGGCAUAUGUCCGGGGAGAAGAGAACCUAGCAGGCUGGCGGCCCAGAGGAGACAGCCUUAUUCUUGAGCAUCAAUGGGAACUGGAGAAACUAGAACUUCUACAUGAGGUAGAGAAGACUCGUCACUUCCUACUGCUCCGUGAGAAGCUUGGUGAUAGCAUCCCCAAGUCCCUGAGUGAUUCACUGUCUCCCAGCCUCAGCAGUGGGACCCUCAGCACCUCCACCAGCAUCUCUUCUCAAAUCUCCACCACCACCUUGGAGAGCGCAGUCACACCAAGUGAGAGCAGUGGGUAUGACUCAGCUGACAUCGAGAGUCUGGUAGAUCGGGAGAAGGAGCUGGCUACCAAGUGCCUGCAACUUCUCACCCAUACUUUCAACCGAGAAUUUAACCAAGUGCACAAUAGCAUCAGUGACUGUAAGUUAUCUGAUAUUUCUCCAAUUGGGCGAGACCCAUCAGUGUCAAGUUUCAGCAGUGCCACCCUCACCCCUUCAUCUACCUGCCCUUCUCUGGUAGACUCAAGGUGCAGCUCAGUGGACCAGAAGACCCCAGAAGCUAACUCUCGAGCCUCUAGUCCCUGCCCAGAGUAUGAACAGUUCCAGUUGGUCCCAACAGUGGAGACUCCCUUCUUGGCUAGAGCUGGGAAAAAUGAAUUCCUCAACCUCGUUCCAGAUAUUGAAGAAAUUAGACCUGGCUCAGUGGUCUCUAAGAAGGGAUACCUCCAUUUUAAGGAACCAUAUUCCAGCAAUUGGGCUAAACAUUUUGUAGUGGUACGACGUCCAUAUGCUUUCAUCUACAACAGUGACAAAGACCCAGUUGAGCGAGGGAUCAUAAAUUUAUCUACAGCCCAAGUGGAAUACAGUGAGGACCAACAGGCUAUGGUGAAGACAUCCAAUACCUUCGCUGUGUUCACAAAGCACCGGGGCAUCCUUUUGCAAGCUAUCAAUGAUAAAGACAUGAAUGACUGGUUAUAUGCCUUUAACCCACUCCUUGCUGGCACAAUACGGUCCAAACUGUCUCGCAGACGCACAGGUCCAUUGAAAUACUAACCAGAUGCUGCAGAGCCCCUCCCUCGCCUUCAGACAGAGAAAAAGGGUUACCUCAUUCUCUUUGUGCUUCUUGACGGUUUUCUUGUACGUGCUCCUGUGGCUUAACUACUGCUUUGUCCCCAUCCAGCGUUUUUUUCUAGCCCUCUUGUU